UUACAAGCCCUUUUUAUCCUCUUUUUCUUUUCUGAGCAAGUUAGCUUUUAAGACUGCAUUUUGCUUUUUGUUUUCGAGUCGGGGAAACUUUGUUGCAGUGUUUUUUGGUGCUUGAAUCCUAAUUUGAUUUUUGCUCGGUGUGACUUGUUGGAUUGGAAUGUUUUUGUGCGCAUGCAUAUAACGGCGUGCUUUUAGCAGCCGUCAAGUCAGAAAACGAAAACCAGGAAGUCCACUUGGCGACAAACGAUUCCUUCACUCAUGACUGUGGCCAACGCACAGCAGCUCUCCUGACAGCCAAAGCUGCAAGCUUACAGACUGUUUGUGUGUCUUCGCGAGGACCAUGGCGAGAAGAGUUGCGGACUACCUAGUAUGUCCGACCUGUUUGGAAAUCUUUACAGAUCCUGUCGUACUGCCUUGUAGUCACAGCUUCUGCCGCGCGUGUGUGCAGCAGUGGUGGGAGCGAAAGGGACAUCAGUCAUGUCCAGUCUGUAGAACUGAGUUUAGUUUGACGGAUGUCCCUUUAAACUUGGCCCUGAGGAAUGUGUGUGAGGCCUUUUCAAAAGCCUCAGUGGAGGCGGAAGACGUCUGCAGCUUGCACAAGGAGAUACUGAAACUCUUCUGUUUGGACCACCAGGAGCUUGUUUGCCUCGUCUGCAGAGAUGCAGAAAAACACGCCGGACACACGUUCCGUCCCCUCGAUGAAGUUGUCAAAAGUAACAAAGAGAAACUCCGGGAAGGUCUGCAGGGUGCAAAGGAAAGACUGGAAGAUUUGAACGAGAUCCGAGACGACUGCAAUGAACAAGCGGCAUACAUCAAGAUCCAGACACAGCGGGUGGAAAGCAAGAUUAAGAAGGAUUUCGAGGAGCUUCAUCGCUUCCUGUGGGUCGAGGAGGAGGCCAGGUUGUCUGCUGUGAGGGACGAGGAGCAGAAGAAGAGUUGGAGGAUGAAGGAGAAGAUCGAGGCUCUCGACACAGACAUGGCCGCUCUCUCAGAGGCGAUCAGAAGCGCAGAGGAGCAGCUGACUUCUGACCCCCUUUCCUUGAUGAAAAACUUCCAGACUGCAAUGACCAAAAUCCAGAACCUGCCCAACAAGCCUGAGCUGCUCCCAGGAGCUCUGCUGGAUGAAGCCAAACACGUGGGCAACCUCAAGUUCAAUGCGUGGGAACGAAUGAAGGACAUGGUCUCCUACAGUCCCGUCAUCCUGGACCCAAACACGGCCGAUGCGGAACUCAGUCUGUCGGAAGAUCUGACCAGCUUGAGUUUUGGGAAAAGACAUUUGCGUCCAAAGAAUCCUGAGAGGUUUGACUGGUACAAGGUGCGCGGUUCUGCUUUGGCAUCAGGAACGCAUACUUGGGAUGUUGAGGUUGGAGAAAGCACUUAUUGGAGACUGGGGGUGGCGUGGGGGGACCCUUGUUUGCCAAAUUUUAUGGCCGCAUAUGGCAUUGGCUUGUUUGGUGGAGAGUACAAAGGGUUUGCAGACGUAUCCGGAGCCUACAUUCCAUCGGUGAAGCCACAGAGGAUCCGAGUUCAAGUGGACACUCACGAAAGAUCAAUUUCCUUCUCCGAAUCUCUUACAAACACUCAGUUAGGCAAAACCAAUCCUUCCGCUUGGUCACAUUUGUCUGACAACAUGAAUUUGUUUCCUUUCUUUUGGACCAGGAGUCAAAUUCCUCUGCGAAUAAUUCCGCUCGCACCUCGCGUUACGACUCAAAGUCAGUGAUGCCGUCGGAGAUGUUUUGCUCCCACAUUGGAAGUCUGAUCUGUUGUUUUGAGAUCUUUUCUUUUUUCCCUCUCUCCAAAGGAUCGUUGACAUGGAUUGAUUUCUUAAAAAAAAGAAAGAUUAUUGAUAAACAAUGCGGAAGGUAGAAUUCAAUCUGUGCAAAAUGUCAUGAUGUCGUUUGCCAAAAUGUAUUAAAGAAAUGGAGUGCAAUCUCGAGUGACAGAUGCUCCUUUUCGCCGACAAUUCUGAGUUUUGGCCGUAAUUUUCAUCGAAGAAUGACCACUAUUUCUGGACUACUUUUGAUACAGCGGCGGUCUUGGCACGGACGAGUGGUUGGAUAUAUUCCACUGUGUAACCAUCAUUGGCAAUGGUGAAUCUGAAAAUUACUUGUUACAUUCCUACCGUGCCUGAAGGCGGGAGCUGUUGCAUAUGUGGGUGAAACUCCGACCUCUGCAUUCAUGAUAAUUCAAUCACAAAUCGCUGUGACGUUUGAUGAAAAAAAAAAUAUAUACUGUAUAUAUUUAGUGUGUAUGUUAUUAAAAUGGAGCAUGAUUUUUAUUGAGAGAAUGAACAGAACGGAAUCAGGUCACAUAGCAAUUUCUGCCAAUACAUUAGGAUUUUCAAUUUCCUCAACAUCUGUCGAUAGAUUUCUUGUCACAGUGUUGUGACAUCAGCAAAAGACCACAUUGUGAUUUUGAGGGAAACUUGUCAUUGCCUGUUUGUGUACCAGAGGAAGCCUGCUUUUCCCCCUCCACCACUGGCCGCUUCUCAGCCAGUAUUCUCAAAAAGAAGACGCAGA